AUGGCUGCACCCAUCGACGAUGUGGCAGUGUACCCCGAGACCUGGGAGGAACACACGCAGCAUCUGGCGGCAGUGCCAGAAGAGUUCGGCCUCAGCGACUGCACGAGCGGCACCUUCGGCCGCGUGCGGCGCCUCUGGGAGUCCCGCUCCGCCGCGCACAAGGAGAUCUGCGCCGUGCUGGCGGCCGUGACGGAGGUGAUCCGCGCCCAGGGCGGCAGAGAGACCGAGACGGAGUACUUCGCUGCGCUGAUGACCACGAUGGAGGCGGUGGAGUCCGCGGAGUCACUGGCUGCGGUCGCCUACCUGCUUAACCUGGUGCUGAAGCGGGUCCCGGCGCCUGUGCUGAGGAAAAAGUUCUCCGAUGCCUCAAAAGCCUUCAUGAGCAUCCUGGCCUCGCAAGCUGGCAGCAGCUCCACCUCUGCCCUGCGCUGGGUUGUCUCCUGCCUGGCCACGCUGCUGCGGAAGCAGGACCUGGCGGCCUGGAGCUACCCCGUCACACUGCAGGUCUACCACGGCCUGCUCAGCUUCACGGUGCACGCCAAGCCCAAGGUGCGGAAGGCAGCACAGCACGGCAUCUGCUCCGUGCUCAAGGGCAGCGAGUGCCUGUUUGGGGAUGCGGCCCCUGAGCACCACCCGGCCGCGCGCUCCACUGCCAAGUUCUGCGUGCAGGAGAUCGAGAAGGCUGGAGGCACCAAGGAGGCCACGACCACCCUGCAUGUGCUGACGCUGCUGCGCGACCUGCUGCCCUGCCUGCCCGCGGCCACCACCAAGACCUGCUGCGAGACCCUGCUCCGCGUCAUGACCCUCGGCCACGUGCUGGUGACGGCGUGCGCCAUGCAGGCCUUCCACGGCCUCUUCAGCGCCCAGCCCAGCCCCGCCUGCCUCUCUGCUGAGCUCAAUGCCCAGAUCAUCACGGCGCUAUAUGACUAUUUGCCCAGCGAGAGCGACCUGCAGCCCAUGCUGGCUUGGCUUGCCGUCAUGGAGAGGGCCCACGUCAACCUGGUCGGGCUGCAAAAGGAGCUGUGCUGGGGGCACCUGCCCCGGCUCUUCACAGCUGCCAUGACCUGCCUCUUGUCGCCGCACCCCCAGGUGCUGUCAGCCACCGCGCAGACCCUCAAGGCGCUGCUCAGCGAGUGCGUGGCCCCCCACGUGACCGACUUGGGGCCUGUUUCCACCUCCGCCUCUGGCCCCGCUGCCUCUCUCUGCAAGAUGUUCAGGGCGGUGGAGGAGGGGCUGACAUACCGGUUCCACGCGGCAUGGGCACCCGUGCUGCAGGUGCUGCGGGCCUUCUUCGAGGCAUGUGGGAAGCAAGGACACCCCGUCAUGAGGAAGUGCCUGCAGUCGUUGUGCGACCUGCGCCUGUCCCCGCACUUCCCCCACACAGCCGAGCUAGAUGAGACGGUGGGGGCCGCUGUGGGCACCAUGGGCCCCGAGGUGGUGCUGGAGGCCGUGCCCCUGGGCAUCGACGGCAGGGAGGAGACGCUGGACUUCCCGCGCAGCUGGCUCCUGCCCGUGCUCCGGGACCACAUCCGCGGCGCCCGGCUUGGCUUCUUCACCAGCCACUUUCUGCCCCUGGCAGCUGCUCUGAAGGACAGAGCUGUGGAGCUGGCUCAGGAUGGGAAGACGCUGGAGUCCAAGAUCUAUGACACGCUGCAGGGGCAGGUGUGGUCGCUGCUGCCUGGGUUCUGCCGGUGGCCCAUGGACGUGGUGAGCUCCUUCAAGGGGCUGGCGCGCACCCUGGGCACGGCCCUCAGCGAGCGCCCCGACCUGCGCCUCCCCGUGUGCCAGGCCCUGCGCACCCUCAUCACCAAGGGCUGCCAGACGGACGCUGAGCGGACCGAAGUCGGCCGCUUCGCCAAGAACUUCCUGCCUAUCCUGUUCAAUGUGUACAGCCAGCCGGGCGAUGACAGGCGCAACUCGGCACAUCGGCGUGCCGUGCUGGACACUGUCCGCACCUACCUCACUGUCACCGAGCAGCAGAUGGUGUGUGGGUUCCUGCAGAAAGCCAGCGAGAAGCUGAGCAGCCCCGACAGCUCUGAGUUCACCAGGCUGUCCAUCCUGGACCUGAUCGUGGCCAUGGCACCCUAUGCCGACGAGCCGACCCUGGGCACCCUGUACCGCACUAUCCAGCCCUCCCUGCAGACUAAGGAGCACGGGGUGCAGAAGAAGGCGUACCGGGUGCUGGAGGAGGUGUGUGCGGCACCCCACGGCCCCUGCCAGGCCUUCAUCCGCAGCAACCUGGGGGAGUUGAAGACCGUCCUGCUGGACUCCCUCAAGAGCGCCACGUCCCCCGCCAAGAGGCCGCGGCUCAAGUGCCUGUUACACAUUGUGAAGCAGCUGACGGCUGAGGAUGAAGCCUUCGUCACGGCUCUGGUCCCAGAGGUGGUCCUGUGCACCAAGGAGGUGUCAGUGGGCGCCCGCAAGAACGCCUUUGCGCUGCUAGUGGAGAUGGGCGAAGCCUUCCUGCGCUUCGGUCCUGCCCCACAAGAGGCCAUGCAGCGGUUCCUGCUCCUCGCCUACGCGGGGCUCACGGGCUCCGUCACCAUGAUCAGCUGCACGCUGCUGGCGCUCACCCGCCUCCUCUUCGAGUUCAAAGAGCACCUGGGCCCGGGUGAGACGGGUCAGCUGCUGCAGAGCGUCUGCCUGCUCCUGGGCUCCCGCACCCGCGACGUGGUCAAGGCCGCGCUCGGCUUCCUCAAAGCUGCGCUGUUGCUCGUGGACGUCAAGCUGCUGACCACGCAUGUCCCCACCAUGCUGGAAGCCCUGGGGGCCCUGUCAGACGACAUGAGGCGUCACUUCCGCAUGAAGCUAAAGAACCUCUUCACCAAGUUCAUCCGCAAGUUCGGCUUCGAGCUGGUGCAGGGGCUGCUGCCGGCCACGCACCACAAAGUGCUGCUAAACAUCCGCAAGGCCGAGGGCCGUGGGCGGAGGCAGCGCGCCCUGCGCCAGGCGGCCGCCCGCGAGCAGGACCCCGAGGCGCUGCCAAGACCCAGAGGGGACAGCAUGGAGGAGGUCCUGGCUGACUCAGAUGAGGAAGAGGAGGAGGAGGAGAGGGGCAGGAGGGGGCCAAGGCAGCCCCAGGGCCAGGCGUGGCUGAAGGAGGGCGUGGGGGAUGAGCCCCUCAACUUCCUGGACUCGAACGUGGCACAGCGGGUGCUGGCCACAAGGCCAGGCAGCAGCCGGGCCGGGAGAGCGAGCCGCGACUUUGGCGUAUCGGAGGAUGGGCGCCUCAUCAUCCACGAAGACGAGGAUGAGGACGGGGAGGAGAGCAGAGCCAGAGAUGUGGACAAGGAGACGGCUGACCUGAUGCAGGACGUGGGGCUCCGGAGCAAGAAGGCCCAGAAGCGCCGGUUCCGCGAGGAGGCAGGUGACGAGGAGCUGGAGGGCGAUACCGCAUCACACUACAGAGCGGGAGGUUCUGGCAUCCACCGGCCGCUGGGCAAGGAGACGGCGUUUGGAGCUGACUACACGUCCAAGAAAGGCAGAGGCGACGUGAAGAAAGCCGGCCGGCCAGACCCCUACGCCUACAUCCCCCUCAACAGGGCCAAGCUCAACAGAAGGAAGAAGGCGAAGCUGCAGGGGCAGUUCAAGGGCCUGAUGAAGGGGGCCCAGCGCGGUGCCCAGGCUGGGCACAGGCAUCGCCCCAGGGAGCCUAGUGUGUGAGGCCUGCAUGUACCCUGCCCCAACCCCCACCCUCGCCCUCGGGGGCCAGGCUGGGGAUACAGGGAGCAGGGAGACCCUGCUUGUAGCCCCCACGCAGCCUCCCACAUCUGUCUGCUGUGGGCACAGAUGUGCCCUUCCUUGGUUGCCAGCCUGGGAGGAAGGAGCAACAGGUGCAGCACUGCC